AUGGAGUACGCAAAGGAGACAUACAACUCUCAGUACGAGAAGUGGGUUCCCUGGCUCGAGGACGUCUACCUCCGCUGGUUCACAAAGGACAACAAGGCUAGCUAUGCCACCAAGCAAAAUCUCGACAAGACCAAGGUCACUGGCGUCGAGCAAGUAGACACCCUCCAAGACGGCGUCAACAACCUAGCCACCAGCCAGGUCGGCCAAGGCGGUCUUCUCCAACCAGUCGGCGACUUGGCUUCCAAGGAAGGCCUCAACCGAGCCGAGCGACAGGGCAAAGAUGACGAUGGUGGUUACGUGAACAAGAAUGCUCCUGGCGCCGGUGCUAUGAACAGCACAGCUGAGGCUGUUGUUGGAGGAAGCAAGGGUGCUGCCCAAGGCCUGGGAGAUGUGGGCAAGGGUGUUGGAAACACUGUUGGAGGUCUGCUUGGUGGUAAGAAGGAGUAA